UGACAAUCGAUAGCUCUCAACACAAGCACUCCAACAUCCCGCCUUCUAGGUAAUUGCCCACCAUGCCGGGCCUUGCACCCUCCAAUGUCAUCAUCAUCCAUCCUGAUCUAGGCAUUGGUGGUGCGGAACGGCUCAUCAUCGACGUUGCGCUGGCCCUGCAGAACCGCGGCCACCGAGUGACAAUCUACACCUCCCAUCGCGACAAGACGCAUUGCUUUGAUGAGGCGCGCGAUGGCACCCUCGAUGUCCGUGUGCGCGGGAAUACAAUCUUCCCGGCCCAUUUCUUUGGGAGAUUCCAUAUCCUCAUGGCAUCGCUGCGCCAGCUCCACCUGACCGCAUCCCUGUUGACGGAGCUUGAGUCGAGGGGAAAAUCAACAGCGCAAGACCAAUCUGCCCCUGGGGAAGAAGACCAAGAUGAUAUCUUCAUUGUCGACCAACUGCCAGCAUGUGUACCUAUCCUAAAGAGCUUUGCUCGACCCCGCAAAUCCCGACGCCAACGGAUACUCUUCUACUGCCAUUUCCCUGAUCAAUUGCUUGCACGGCGAAACGAAGGUGGCUCCCUCUUACGACUAGCAAAGGCUUUGUACCGGUUCCCCUUUGAUUGGUUUGAGGGAUGGGCCAUGAGUGCGUCGGAUCGGGUCGUUGCCAACUCGCACUUCUCGCGUGGAGUGCUUCACGGCGUUUUUGGGGCCGACAAGCUUGGGGAUGUGGAAGUGGUUUACCCAUGUGUUGAUACGAAUGCUGGAACAAAAGCACUGGCGGAAGAGCCGGAAGAGGCUCUUUGGACUGGAAAGAAAAUAUUGCUGAGCAUCAAUCGCUUCGAGCGAAAGAAAGAUAUGGGUCUGGCGAUUCGUGCUUACAAUGGCCUGGGUGAGGGAAAGAGGAAAGGAACAAGAUUGGUGAUUGCUGGCGGCUAUGACAAUCGUGUCCAAGAAAACGUCCAAUAUCACCAAGAGCUCGACAAUCUCGCGAAGGACCUAGGCUUACGCACUGCGACGACGAAGACGGUGGUCUCAGCGCUCUCAAUUCCCGACGAUAUCAAUGUCCUGUUCCUCCUCUCUGUCCCGACAGCAUUUAAGAACACAUUGCUUGCCCAGUCAAAACUUCUGCUAUACACUCCGAUCAACGAGCACUUUGGUAUCGUACCAGUUGAGGCUAUGCUUGCAGGGCUUCCUGUGCUGGCAUCCAACACCGGUGGUCCAUUGGAGACUAUUGUUGAAGGUGAAACGGGCUGGCUCCGUGACGCCCUCGCGGUUGAGGAAUGGACCGCUGUCAUGGACAAGGUUCUCUAUGGCAUGUCACAGAUAGAAGUCGACCGGAUAGCGGCGGCUGGUAAAGCAAGAGCAGAGCGAGAGUUUUCACUCACUGCCCUGGAGGAUCGACUGGAAGAUGAAAUCUCGACUAUGCUGUCGGUUGACAGGCGUCCUUUCCACGGAUGGCAACAAAUAUUGGUCGCGCUCGCCGUUUCUGGGUCUUUCCUUGCAGUCGUGGUUCCUUUUUUGCUUCGCAGCGUAUAUUUUAACUGAUUAUUACAAUAAUACCCCUUUUCUCUCUAUUUCCUCCACUUUUCAUUUCAUCGUCUC